CUCACACUUCUGAGAGAGGUAAUUUACAAGGUUGCAGGAGCGAUGGAAGAUGACUCGUGCAGGAGGGCCGGGGCGAUACCGUUCAAGUGGGAGGUCUGCCCGGGGACGCCGAAGCACACGAGGAGCGCGAGCGCCGCGGCGGCGGCAUCGCCCGCCAAGGUGGCGCCGAAGCUGACGCUGACGCCGCCUCCGUCCAUGACGUCGUCGCCGUCGCCGUAUUACCACCACCACUCGGCCGCCUCGUCGCCUCGCGUCUCCUCCGCGCGCUCGGCGUCCGUGUCGCCGUCCCGGCGCCGGCCUUACGCGUACGCGGGUGGUCACCGCCGGGCGCCGCCGACUGCCUUCAUUGACGCCGCGCCUAGGGCGGUGGCGACGGAGUAUGGCGCCGCUGCGCCUGAGGCCGGAACGGCGGCGUUCGGGUGCUUCGGGCUCCCUAUGCUCCGGAGGAAGGGCAGCAAGAAAAGCGCCGGGUUUGGGUUUGCAUCCGCAUCGAGCUUCAGCUCCAGCUCUAGCUCGUCGGGAGGCAGCAGCUUCAGGUCGGACGGCGCCGGGCUUGGGAUGCGACGGUCGGCGUCGAUCUCGUCCGCCUCGUCGUUGCCGCUGCCGCCCGGGAGGAGGUACGCCGCCGAGGCGAGGGCGGAGGUGGAUGCUAUCGCUGCCACUGGACGAGGCUGGUACUUUUGAGUUUUGGGUCACACGGCGACCGGCCAGCUGCCGGCGUGUACGCUGUGGUUGGGCACGGCGAUA